AUGCCUGGAAUGUCGAGAUGGAAGAAGCUCAAGGACACCGGCACAACUCUCUUCCUCCUCUCCCCUUCCCCGCGCUCAUCCCGCUCUCCGAUCGCCGCCUUCCGCCUUCUUUCCACUUCUUCUCCGGCGGCCCGGUACUUCCGAUUCUCCCCAAUCACCACGCAUUUGAACUUCCUCAACAGGUACCGCCGCCGGGAGUCGCUCCCCGGGGUUCAGGAGCGGUAUAAAUGGGACGGCGGCGAGGGUGGUGGUAAUAAUUCGGUUGAUGGUGGCGAUAACAGUAUCAGGCAGAUUAGGGCCGAGGCUAAUUGUCCUCGUUGCUCCAAGCACAUGGAUCUUCUCUUCUCGAAUAAUCACGGUCGCGGUCUUAAUCAUCAGCAUCAUAAUCCCAAUCUCUCCCCUCCUUCCGAUCCUUCUUCUUCUGAUAAUAGUAAUCAGAGCAGCAGCGGCCGCGGCGGCGGGGGAGAUGUGUAUCAGGCUGUCAAUUACUGCCCCAAUUGCAAAACUGCUUUCUACUUCCGCCCUCACAGCAAUGCUCCGCUACAGGGGAGCUUUGUUGAGAUUGGGAGGAUCAGUAAUGGUAAGUUGAGGAAUAAAUACAAUUCCGCCAAACAUUCCAAUAAUAAUGGCGAGGGGCAGGAUUCUUCGUCUUCCGGGGAUUCGGUUGCUACUUCCAAUAGCAGCAUCAAUAAGAGGUCGAGGGCGUCAUUCUGGCAGACUCUUCGGUCGUAUGCGGCUGACCCACCUGAAAACUGGCCGCCACCGCCUCCUUUGCCUCCCUCGCCGCCUCCGGCCAAUGGGUUGGCUGUGCAUACUCCCCCUGGUCCACCAUUUGCACCUGGUGUUAAUGUUGUCAGGGCAGCUGGCCCGGGUGGUGGAGGUUCAAGUGGUGAUGGAGUUGAAGGAGAAAAGAGUGGUAGAUGGGGUGGGGCUAAUCUUGGGAAUGAUUUACCUACUCCGAAAGAGAUCUGCAAGGGUCUUGACAAGUUUGUUAUUGGACAAGACAGGGCCAAAAAGGUGCUCUCCGUUGCCGUGUAUAAUCACUACAAGAGGAUUUACCAUGCCUCACAAAAAGGGUCAGUAGCAGAAUCUUUGAGUCCCGAUGCAAUUGAUGAUGACGAAAAUGUAGAGUUAGAAAAGAGCAAUGUUCUCUUGAUGGGUCCGACUGGCUCAGGUAAGACAUUGCUUGCAAAGACACUUGCACGAUUUGUGAAUGUGCCAUUUGUCAUUGCAGAUGCUACAACAUUGACUCAGGCUGGUUAUGUCGGAGAAGAUGUCGAGUCUAUAUUAUAUAAACUUUUAGCGGCAGCUGAGUUCAAUGUGCAAGCUGCUCAGCAAGGGAUUGUCUACAUUGACGAAGUUGAUAAGAUAACUAAGAAGGCCGAGAGCUUAAACAUCAGCAGAGAUGUGUCUGGCGAAGGUGUUCAACAGGCUUUGUUGAAAAUGCUAGAAGGAACAAUAGUUAAUGUUCCUGAGAAGGGAGCACGGAAGCAUCCCAGAGGAGAUAACGUACAGAUAGAUACCAAAAAUAUUCUUUUUAUUUGUGGUGGAGCGUUCAUUGAUCUGGAAAAGACUGUUUCAGAGAGACGGCAAGAUUCAUCAAUUGGAUUUGGGGCCCCUGUCCGAGCUAAUAUGAGAACUGGUGGUGGUGUAACAAAUGCUGCUGUUACUUCGUCCUUGCUUGAAUCUGUUGAGAGUGGCGAUCUUAUUGCCUAUGGUCUAAUACCAGAAUUCAUUGGACGUUUUCCUAUACUAGUUAGUUUGAUAGCUCUAACGGAAGAACAGCUUGUGCGGGUGCUCACAGAACCAAGAAAUGCGCUCGGAAAGCAGUAUAAGAAGUUGUUUGGCAUGAACAAAGUCAAGCUGCACUUCACAGAAAAAGCACUCGGACUAAUCGCCAGAAAAGCAAUGGCUAAGAACACUGGGGCUAGGGGUUUGAGAGCCAUAUUGGAAAGUAUUCUUAUUGAGUCCAUGUAUGAGAUUCCGGACGACGAACCAGGAAGUAAUAAGGUGGUUGCAGUUGUGGUUGAUGAGGAGUCUGUGGGAUCAGACGCCGCAAUUGGUUGUGGAGGAAAGAUACUUCGUGGGGAUGGCGCAUUGGAGCGGUGGCUUGCAGAAUACAAGUUGAAAGAUUCAGUGGAAAGUAGGGAAGCAGUAGAUGCAGAGUUGCAGGACGUGGAGUCAGAGGUUUCAACUAGAGCUAUGAGCAUGUGA